AUGGCAAAGACAAGAAGAAACAACGUUGAAGACCACCAGUCCGAAGAUGAGCACCAGUCCGGGGCGGACAAUGCCGAGACAGUAGAGGAGACAAACUUGACUGAUAUGGUACGCCAAAUGAAGGAGGAAAUGGCCACCAUGAAACAGCAGCGGGAAAGAGAUGCCGCCGAGAUGGCCGCGUUGCGAGCAGAGAAUGCUGCCCUCAAGAACCAGUACCAGGAUCCCACAUGGAAACCCUCUGAGACAACCCAAGGGUCGUUCCACUCGCACGACCAUCACACCUCUAUCCCACAUACUUCUGUUGCUGCCCCAGCCAUCCAUGCUUCGGUCAGCCGGCCGAUACAACCGACGCCGGCCGGAGCACACCGACACCCCUUUACCCCAAACAUCAUGCAGUCUACACUUCUUGACCAUUGGAAGUCAUUGCCUCUAGACAAGUAUGAUGGUACCACCGACCCAGAUGAGCAUGUCGAUGUGUUAUUAACUCAAGUUACUCUAAGCACUACUGAUGACGCCGCCUUGUGCCGAAUCUUCCCAACAUCAUUAAAAGGGCGAGCACUGAGUUGGUUUACUCGGCUUCCUGCUAAUUUCGUUGACUCGUUCAACACAUUAGCCUCCCAGUUCACCAUCCAGUUCGCUACAAGACGGCCCCACCAGUUGACCUCUUUGGCACUAGUUAGCAUCCGUCAGGAGAAAAAGGAGUCCCUUCGGGCGUUCAUGAGCCGAUUCAACAAGGCGGCGCUUGAAAUCCGAGACCUGAACCCUGCUGUAGCUCUGCACCACCUUACCACCGCCUUGAAACCAGGGCCUUUCGCCAACAGCAUUUGUAAGAAACCCCCUACUGACAUGGAUGAUUUGCGUCGACAAGCUGACAAAUACAUGCAGAUGGAAGAAUUGGCUGAGUUUCGAAACCAAGCCCGGGCAGAGGUGUCGGCAAAACUUGACAAGCCGGCCGAGACUAAUUUCCGGAGUCGUCCGAAAGAGCUGAUUCCUCGCGAGAAGCCUCCUCGCGGGCCGAGAUACUCACAAUAUACACCACUUAAUACAAGUAGAUCGGCCGUCCUAGAGCAAGCACUUGCCUCAGAGCCCGAGCAGAGGAGAGCAGGAACGCACUCAUACAGGGAACGUAGUCGGUCGAGAGAUAGGCGAGAGGAAGAGCCUUCGGCACAACCUAGGCGGGUCGUCAACACCAUAGCUGGUGGAUUCGCUGGCGGGGGCUCAUCCUCAUCGGCCCAACGAAGACACCUGCGAGCCGUUCGGCACGUGCAUGCAGUAGAAACAGUUCGUCGCCGCCUUCCUACCAUCACUUUCACCGAGGCCGACUUCAAAGGCAUCGACCCGUACCAAGAUGAUCCGAUGGUAAUCAGUGUUGAAAUUCACAAUUGUAUUGUACGUAAAACAUUGGUUGAUCAGGGAAGUUCAGCUAACAUCCUGUAUUGGAACACGUUCAAGCAGUUGGGUAUUCCAGAAUCCAAGCUAAUUCCUUAUGAUGAACCUCUGGUUGGGUUCUCAGGCGAACGAGUCAAGACAAAGGGAUAUAUCAAGUUGUCAACCCGGUUUGGGUUUGAAGGAGCCGAAUAUCAUGACAUCUCGGUCAAAUAUGUGGUAGUUCAUGCCAGCACAUCUUAUAAUAUUUUACUCGGCCGGCCAUCCCUGAAUCGACUUGGGGCGGUUGUAUCCACCCUUCAUUUAGCCAUGAAGUUCCCGGCCGAGUCACGACGAGUCAUCACGGUUCAUGCUGAUCAGAAGACUGCACGAGAGUGCUACUUUGCCAGCUUGCGAUUACCAAGAGUGAAGGACGAAGCGCCUAAGGAGCCGAGAGGCGUUCACUCGGUCUCACAGCAAUCGGCCAUGGACCUCGACCCCCGGAUCGAUCAAGAAGAGAGGGUAGAACCUAUUGAAGAUAAGCAAUCGAUUCAAGUUGGAGCUUCGGACUCCUAG